CGCUAUGAGAAACACCAGAAAGAGAAAAGUAUGAGCCUCAUUCACCGGUGCUGUGGUCAUUCAUUCUCUGAUAACAAACCGAAGAGCUGAGCUAUUUUUGUUUAAGCCGGCUCUGCUUUCAAAUAUAGAUAUCUGUCACCCCAUUCAGUAACUUGACUGACUUUGAAAGCACGGUAAUAAUUUAGAUAACACAGCUUACGGAGUGGCUAACUGAAUAGCUUAGGGAGCUGCUAGCUAGCUAGCAGGUUAGCUACCAGCCGUUUGUUCACUGAACGAGCACGGUGAGGCCUAACGUUACCGCAUCCUCGGUAUUUAUUGUGGAGGCUCUACCGAAGACCAACGUUUGUUUCCCAGCAAGAGGACAGCUGCAUUUUGUAAUUUCUCAGACAAAAACAACUCGGUGUCUGAGAGAAGAUGGAAGCUCCUCCUGUUACCGUGAUGCCUGUCACCGGGGGCACAAUCAAUAUGAUGGAGUACCUGCUGCAAGGCAGUGUGUUAGACCAGGCCCUGGAAAGCCUCUUGCAUCGCCUUCGAGGUCUCUGUGACAACAUGGAACCUGAGACCUUCACAGAUCACGAACUGGUUUAUCUUCUGAAAGGCCAACAAGGGAACCCUUUCAUUCUGCGUGCCCGGCGCUCCCUCUCCCAUCCCACAUCACCAUGGCACCUACGCUACCUAGGCCAACCUGAAGUGGGUGACAAGAGCCGCCAUGCCCUGGUGCGCAACUGUGUUGACGUAGCUGCCUCUCAAAGCCUGCCGGAGUUCCUCAACGAGAUGGGCUUCCGCAUGGACCAUGAGUUUGUGGCCAACGGGCACAUAUUCCGCAAAGGGGCUAUGAAAAUUGUGGUCAGCAAGCUGUCACGCAUCCUGGUACCAGGUAACACAGAGAACACAGAGCGACUAUCACUUUCAUACCUGGUGGAGCUGAGUGUGUUGGCUCCCGCCGGGCAGGACACUGUGUCAGAGGAUAUGCGCAGCUUUGCUGAGCAACUUAAACCCCUGGUUCACCUGGAGAAGAUUGACCCCAGCAAACAGAGACACUAAAUGUGAACAUUUUAAGGGUCAAGUCAUCUGUGACCACUAUGGACCAAUAAGACUUCAUUUUUUUUUUUUUUUAACAUUGUUUACAUUCGAACUAAAAUUAAAUACAGUCCAACUUUGGCUUAAAAUUUACGCUCUUGGUAAAUUUGUUAUGUGAGUGGGAAAAUGACUCUACGAUUCCUAAGUGGUAUAUCAUAGGCAACUAGACUUCCUUGAGUUUUGUGAAGAUGUUUCACCUCUCGUGAACUGAAGCAAAUCCCCCUUAAAGCUAAGAGAGUCCGGUUUUCUAUAAUAAGCACUUAGGAUUAACAUGAACUGGAUGACUAAGAACCUUCACCAGCAUGACUCUACAGUUACUACAGAAUAUUACAGCAUAUCAUCAGUUUCCACCAAAGAAUUGUCAUAGUUUUGAGUUUUGACAUGUUAAGCUUAUCACUCUUUCACUACAUAAUACAGUUUGCAGAUUUUGGGCUCGUUGCAGACAGGCCGCUAUCCCAGCACCUGCUAAUGUGUGCUCACAUUUUGUCUCCAAUAACUUAACCCUAUGGGCCCGA